CUGGAAACCGGCAGCAUCUUCUCCCUGGGAGAGCUGGGACUACUCCUCCUCAUUGGAUACACCUUCCAGCAGACAGGGAGUGGUGCCCAGACAUCGUGGGCAGUACCUGACGCAGAGCCGCUUGGUUGGGGGCUCCCGAUCAAAAGUGUCCUGGGACAGGAGUGACUUCCAUGCUCUGAAGCUGGCUGAAUGAUACUCUCCUUAGACGACUGGAGUAGUAGCGCAAUGGAGCCUCCACGGGGCCCGAGGAAGCCUCUGUCCUGGAGGAGAGCCAAGUCUCUGGACAGGCUGCAGAACACCCAGAAGGAUUCAGAGUCGUGGGACUGCCAGGGCCCUUCCCUGCCCACUGGCCCCUUCAGGGAAGGUCUUUGUCGGGCGGCCAGUGAUGGGACCAGAUGUCUCAAGCGUCCAGUUCAGUCUGCGGAGGCUCAGGACACCACGGCUGCUGCCCCCAGCCCAGAAGAGACCAAGGACCUUCUCAGCGAGCAGAGGCCUCUGCAGGACGCCAAGAAGGACAAGGCCCAGCGGCAGGCCCCGCAGGGGUGGCUGAGGUUUGUGGUGAACUUAUUCUUCAGGACAGGCCCUGAGGAGCCCAAGGAAAAGACCAACAAGAAGGCAAAGGGGAAGGAGGGGCCCCCCGAGCCCGCAGAAACCCCCGAGAGCCCGGGCGAGCCAGCUCCCAGGAAGAAGCCCCACAGUAAGAAGGCCAGCCGCAAGAAACACAGUCAAAGGAAACACGGCGUGGAGGAGGCCAAGGGGGCCCGAGAUCAGGAGGCCGAAGGCCAAGAGGCCAAGGCGGCUGAGGCCUCAUGUGGUGAGGGGGCUGACCUGGGCCCAGCAGCCAGGGAGGAUAUCAUCAUCCAGAAGAUAGUGCAGCUGCUCCAAAAAGUGGGAGACCAGUGGGAGGAAGAGCAGCAUCAAGCCCUUCACUCUGUGGUGACCCGACGAAACGCAGGACCGGUUGUCAAGAAGAAAUCCCAAGAGAAAAUGUCUAGCCUCAAGAGAGCCUUUUCUUUUAAGAAAUAUGGUUCCGAGGAACCCAAGAGAGCAGGGGCCGCCCAUGUUUCCAGCCCAGAGUUCCGGCCGCCCAAGAGGCCCAACUUUCUGCCCCUGUGUGUGGGUGGCCAUCGGCCCUCCAGCUCCAGCCUCCCCGGUGUGGAAGAACCUGAAGUCCAAGAGGCUCCACCUACAGAUGGAGGAGAGCCAAGUCCCUUUGAGCUUUGCACCCCAGCAGAAAGUGGGGGAGCCGACGAGGACCUGCAGCAGGACAGAGCUGCAGAAUUCAAAGAAUUCAUCCAGAAGAUCAUUGCUCUACUCCAAGAUGCAGAGGAGCAGUGCGGAGACAAGCAACUUCAAGUACAGGAGCCAGAGGUGGCUGUAGAAAACGUGGCCCCAGCCUGCAGGAAGAAAAGCCAAGAGAGAAAGUCCAACUUCAGAAAAGCCUUCUAUAGAAAACACAGCUCCAAAGACCCCAAGAGGGUGGGGGCUGCAGGUGCUGCCAGCCCAGACUCCCGGCCACCCAAGAAGCCCAGCUUUCUGCCCCUGUGUGUCGGUGGCCAUUGGCCCUCCGUCUCCAGCAACUCUGAUCUAGAGGAUCUCGAAUUCCAGGGGUCCCCAUCCACAGAAGGGGAGCCAGUUGGAGCCCCAGAAGCACCCUCCCAGGCCAGAAGCCACAAGUCAGAAGCAGGACCUCAGCUGGAUGGAGCGAAUGAAUCCAAGGAGCCGAUCAUCCAAGAGUUGGUGGCCCUUCUCCAAGAAGUGGAUGGCCAGUUGGGAGAGCAGAUCAAGCGACACCCCAGUUUUAAGAAAUUUUUCUACAAGCCCUCAGUCUCUUCCCUCAGAAAGCUGGCAGCCACACUGCGCAGCCAAGGAGCCCACGCCACCGAGCCCCAGAGAACCUACCCAUUCGUCUUUGGCUUGGGAAACCAAUGUGCUGGCAACAAUUACCACACCGUCCUCAGUCUCACAGGCCUACACUACAGGAGACCCAGUUAUGGCCAGUUCCCGUACGAGGAGGCCCAGCAGAACAUCACAAAUUCUCAGAUCCAGAGUCCAGAUUGAAAGCUGUGCUUUGCACUCAAGUUCCCUUGAACUAUGCAAACAUUGGUAGCUUCAGCCAGGAAACCCUGAAUAUGCUCUGUGUUCUCCCAAUCCAGUGCUUCACAGACAUGACUGAAGACGAGGGUGGACAGCCAUUCCGUGUCCAUGCACCAUCGUGGGCUCACUGAGAUGGAGAAUGAACAAGGUGUUCUGCAAAACUGGAGGCAAAGGCCAUGGGGGGAAAUGCACUGGACUGGGAAUUAGGAGACCAGGACUCCACCUGCUGACCUACCUCCAAACUUGGCUCCAAAACGCUGUACGAGUCCCACGUCCCCUCUCCUCUCCAGACCUUGGAUUCUGGGCUGGAUUAGUGACCCAUCUGGUUGUAUGAUGCUAAAAUAUCUCUAAAGAGAGAUAGCAAGUGCUUUCCCUUUGUGGCCCCACUUAGCUGGAGGCAAUCUUUAAGUACUGACCAAAAGAAUUCUGCUAGGCAUUCUCUGGGAGGCCUUGGUCCUCAACUAGGAUUGUGAGACCAAUGGUUUUCCUCUGAAUUGGUAAUUAGAGAGGAAAUGGGGGAGUUACCUCAGUAGGCAUUGGUCUGGAGCAAGGCCUCUGCAUUCUGGGGCCAACCCGAGGGCCCAGUGCUGACUUAUGUAUCCUUGCUUGCUUGUUUGUUUUAUUGUGUGUUUUCUUGGCUCACCAGGGCUAAAAAUAUGCCCACGUCAUGUAGAAGAGCUGCUGAUACUUUUUUCAGAUGUUAGUUUUUUAAAUAAGUCUCUUGCUUCCCUGAUAGCUCAGUUGGUAAAGAAUCUGCCUGCAAUGCAGGAGACCCCAGUUCGAUUCCUGGGUCAGGAAGAUCCCCUGGAGUAGGGAUAGGCUACCCACUCCAGUAUUCAUGGGCUUCCCUUGUGACUCAGUUGGUAAAGAACUCACCGGCAAUUCGGGAGACCUGGGUUCAAUCCCUGGAUUGGGAAGAUCGCCUGGAGAAGGGAAAGGCUACCCACUUCAGUAUUCUGGCUUGGAGAAUUCCAUGGACUGGAUAGUCCAUAGGGUCGUAAAGAGUCGGACAUGACUGAGCAACUUUGACUGAUAUUAAUUUUAAAAAUACAUCUAUGCUUAAUCUCUCACCAGAACAGCCACAUGCAUUUAACAGAUAUCACAUAAUAUCUUCACAGGUAUCACGUACUUAACAGGUAUCACGUACUUAACAGGUAUCACAUAAUCUAUUCAGCUUGCCAACAGUACUUAAUGCCCAUAUGCAUUUGUAGAACCUCCCAGGAACCCUGCAACUUCUAGAUGGGGAAGCAGUAUAGUGGGGACAACUGGUCUGUCUUAGAAUCCUCUCAAGCUGAUGCCUUUCAGCUCUGCCAUCUCAUGUUUUGCUUGUUUAGUCACUAAAGUCAUGUCUGACUCUUUGCAACCCCAUGAACUGUAGCCUGCCAGGCUCCUCUGUCCAUGGGUUUCUCCAGGCAAGAACACUGGAGUGGGUUACCAUUUCCUCCUCCAGGGCAUCUUCCUGACCUGGAGAUCAAACUUGGGUCUCUUCCAUUGGCAAGGCAAAUUCUUUACCACUGAGCCACUUGGGAAGCCCAAAUAAUUCAUGCAAUGAUAUUUAAAAGUAAAUUUGGAAAUUGAAUGGGGUUCAAUCAUGGGGAUUUGCCAAAAGUCACUAAGAAAAUCAACACAAAGUGUUCUGAAAUUACAUAGUUCCGUGUCUAUGUAAGUUGCUAUUCUUAUGAUAGUUACAAUCUGCAUAGUUUUCGGGAAAUGGGGGAGGGCUUCAAGCUAGAUUGCCAGGGAUGGUUGCAUGAAUGUGCACUGCUCAAGACCACCAAAUUGCAGGAAGUGCUAUUGACUUCUGAGACAUUGUGGAUUUAUAGAUUUAUGAUGAUGAUUUUCCAGCUGAUGGCAGAAAAGUAUCUUGAGAAAUGGGCUUCUUUUUGUUUUCGCACCAAGGCAAGGUUUUGUCUUCUACACAGCUCAACAGUUCCAACAGCUUGGCUCAGUCAGGCAACUUGCCGUGUGUCUAUUAUCUGCAUGCUUGCCUGACAGGGCUAUGAACACAGCCCUCUAACACUGCCUAGAAUGCAUGGCCAUCGGGGAGAGGGUGUUAAAACCUGGAUGGCCAACCCAUCCUUAUUAUCCUUGGUGGACACUGUCUUGAUGUGUUGAUGUUGUGACAAGCCCCAUAGGGUAGAGCUGAGGAGGAGGAGAAGCCAAGGGCAGAGAGACUUGGGCACUUAGCAGGGACUGGCCUCAAACGUGAGGCAAAGUUUUAGAUUCUGAAAGUCAUUUAGUGUUAUUGCUGCUCCCACGAAGUGGGGGAGGUUUAUUUAUUUUAUGGAUUCAUUUUAGGCAGUGUUCAGGAACACAGCACUAAAAUGUGAAAGAUCAGAAUCAGUUUUGAGAAGAGGGUCAGGCACCUUCUGUACAGAGUUUCUUAUUUGGAAUGAUGUUCUUUAAGUUAUGUAAGUAUUUGGUAUGAGUUUCCGAUGCUGGCAUCUGAGUCUCAUUUUUGUACUGUGUUAUUUGAGCAAAUAAAGAAACUGAUUUGCACAGAAGUCUGACUUGGAUUGGAUUAUUCACCAUGGAGGCAAGAUGGAGCCACCUGCCAUGUCUAGGCCAGCCCAGAGCCUGCAAGGUUGUGGGGGGCUGCCUCCUUUUCCCUGCCUGGCGGCCCUGUCCAGAUGCGAUUCAGGUGUCCCAUCCUUGUGGUACCAACUUGCUGAGGCAGUAAAAAAAAAAAAAAAAGGUGUCCUGGCCUGAGCAUCAGGUGACCUGGGUUUUAAUCCAGCUGCCUUCAGGCUGAUGACCUUAGAGAUAAGACUCUUGCCUUCCAGAUAUUCUACAACUUCCAUUCUACAACCCUGUGAUUCUUAAGGUGACAGUGAAUUGUAUGUCCAGGAAAAUCUGGGACAGUCCUAAUGCUGCAUCAUCUGUCUUAAUGAUUCCUAAACUCUGGUACCCAAACAUGGGCACUCAAACCAGGAUAAAAAUGGACAGAAUACAGUGCCUGGUUUUUGGUCCAGAAAAUGUGGUCUCCAUUGAAAGCUGUCUAAAGCCUCCUUUCCCCUGUCUCAGAUAACACGUGAGUUCUUCCAGCAGCAACCCGAGGAAAGGGAACUUGUAUGCAUAGCUUGUCUUCUUUCAAAAGUAAGUUUCCUUUCCCCGGCUCUUGAAGGUGUGCCUUCAUGCUCUGAGAAGGGCAGGAGAGAGCAGCACUACUAUCGUCUCACGGAGAAGGACGCUGAGGCUGGGAGUGUUCCAGGUCACCCAGAAGGCUACAGGCAGAACCACCAAGGACGCUGUUCUCAGAGCCACUGUAGUGCCCGCCCACCGUCAACCAAUGUUUAUCGAGCACUUACUAUGUGUUAGGUCUAAUGCCAGCUCUGAAAUCCACAGACGCAAGACACAACCCCUGCCCUUGGGACGCUCACAGCCCUCACUGGCUGCGGUGCCAAUUUUGUGCCAAGAGGAAUAGAGGACCGUGGGACAUGGUCUGAGGGUGGGGUUCCCUCCACUCACCAUGGAGGCCUUAAGAGCACUGAGGUGCAUGGGAGACCCUGCUGCUUUGAAAGACUUUUGAAAGGUGGGCAAGUGAUAACAGAACAUCAUAAUUAACUAACCUCUUAGUGUCCUGACAAGUCAGGAGGCUAACUGGGUGGGUCAGAGAUAAUGGUGGGAAUUCUCUGGUAGUUCAGUGGUGAGGACUCCAACUUCACUGCCAAGGGCACAGGUUCAAUCUCUGCUUAGGGAGCUAAAAUCCUGUGCGAGAAGGGUGGCAAAACAAAACAAAACAAAAAACCAAAUAACUCCACAAAAAGCAAACCCAGAGAUAACGGGGUAAGGGGGUCAGCAGAGAACUGGCUGAGUUUGGGUGUUAGCUGGGCUGCAGGGGUGCUGCGCUGUAGACGUCACACGGAUAUGCUUGUUUGGAAAAUUAGCAAGUGUUCUGGCCUGGGCACCAGUGACACCUUCUGAUUUCAAAACACAACCCAUUCCUGUUGCUGGCUAUUAGGGCUGCCAAAAUUAGCAAGGAAGAAAUAUGGGUGGCCCAGUUAAAUCUGAACCUCAGAUAGACAACAAAUAACUGCAAUGCUGGGGGUGCCCUUACAUGAGGUAAUUCUUCAUUGUUUAUCUGAAAUUAAAAUUUAACAAGGA